AGAAUAUCCAAAGAUGCUUUUAAUAAUAAUCGCCCUUGCCUUUGUUGGCUCCAGCUCCGCAGCCCAGGAAAAGCACCUUUUCCAAAUGUAUACACUUCCUCCACCGGUCCCUCCAUUUUAUACUCCACUGCGGGACUUGCUGAGAGAUGUCGACACCCAGAGUUUCAGCUGCUACGGCAGCAUCGACCAACCCUUCACCUGCACGUUGAAGAGAGACGGCGACCAGCACUUCAUCAACUUCCUCGGUCAAGACUUCCCACUGGGCUACCCGCUAGCAGCGUCCAAGGGAUCUGACCAAGAGGACAUCUCUGGAACCAUCACCAUCGACUUUGGCAGGGGCAUCUUCGACUGUGGCUUCACUGGCUUAAAUCCUACCCUCAACCCAAUAUGUAUUCGCAGAUAAAAUGCAAAAUAAUUUUUUUAUGUGAUUAAAAAAAAUAUUAAAUAAUAUGUUUAAAGUAGUAUUCAACAGAUUAAAUAAAACACAUUUGAAAUUGUCUAAGUGGGAUAUUUAAUCUAUUAGAUGUGUUCCUAUCAAAAUUUAAAAUACUUCCAUAUAAGAUUUUAAUGUCUUAAUAUUUUAUUACUUUCUAUUCACUUUUGAUCACACAUAUUUUAUUUUUAAAGAAACAAUAGUCAAGAUUUAGUUACUUUUAAUCCGUUGGGUACGAUAUUAUUUCAAAUACACCAAGGAACAGGAAAAAAGAGGUGUUAUAAGAACCAAGAACCCAGAUUCGUGUCAUCAUCAUUCUCAUAACGUCCUAUACUUUAUCUGUAGAAUUGUAGAAUCAUUGAAAAAUGGGUCUGAAUGUGAGAAAUGACUAGACAUAUAAGAGAAGUAACGGCAAUUAUGUUUCCAGUAGUCCUUUUUGUUCAACCUGCCAAUUAAGUCAUUACUUACCACUGGCAAUGAUAUUACAAUAAGUUAAAGUUCACAGCAAACUUGGUUUACUUAUAAGGAAGUUGAUGAUUUUUUUCCCGUUUUAUGUUACAGCAGGGUAAUAAAACAUAAUGAAAAAUA